AAACGGCAAAAAUUCGUUAAAAAAAUGCAGUCUUUCGUACUUUUCGCUAUUUUUAUUCUGGCAUUGCAAUUGAGUUUUGCAUCAACAGCCGAUACUGAAUACGACGAUGACAAUUACAUUGAUAAUUAUGAUGACGAUGACUAUACCGAAGGUCCGCUUGAACGUAUGGACUUAGAAGAUGAAGAUUCAGACGUACACGUUGUUGGCAAAAAAGAUGAGCUCAGACAAAUUAUAUUCAACCCACGCAAACGACGCCAACGACGCAGAAAACAUCGAGCCGCUUACAAUGAGCUAAGUAGUUUGGAGUUUUGUUGGCGUAAACACGAUGAAUGUGAAAGUAUUGGCAUGAAUGAAACAAAAUACGAACUUACUAAUGAAGAGGAGCAACGUUUUUGGCAUUGCAAUUGUGAUAAAGAAUUUUACAUAUGUUUGCACCGUUUAAACUCGACCGUAUCGUCUCAUAUUGGUGAACUAUACUUCAACUAUAACUACCGAUGCUAUCGUCAUGAUUUUGAAAUUGAUGAGUGCAAAGAGUUUGAUCACCACAAAAUUUAUACUUCACAAGAACGUUGUGUACAAUAUCAAUUGAUUAUUAAUUCGGUUAAAAGUGCUCAAUGGUUUGACUUACCAUUCUACGAUGGUAAGCCACAGAAAAAACCAGUCUUUAUGGUUAGAGAUGAAGAUUCUGAAGAAAAUGAACUUGACGAUGAAACAAUAAAUUAAAAAUGAAUAUAAUGAUGUAAAAUAAGUGGAAAGAAAAAAUCCAACACGUAACAAUGCAACUAUUUCUACGAAUAAAUGAUUCAAUAUAUCCAAAA